CACGAGUGAUUGCGAGUUGCCUGAGGUUCACGAGAGGGAACGGUUUGUGCGUGUGGAGUGCGCAAAGCUCUUGUGUUAAAAGAAAACUGAAACUUAAAUAGAAACAAAAAACUAUAUUGCAAAUAAAUGUCUUAAAAACUGUGGAAAGCGUUCAAAUUGUUAGUAAAUUUGCAUAAAGUGAAGUGAUAAUCCUUAACGAGUUACAUAAAGAAAAACAAAGUAAAACUGUAACUCCACAUUUACAGAUUCUUGAGAGGGCUCCUGUUUGGAGAGAGUCUCAGAAUCAUGGGCCAAAUCGUUGUAUCCAUGCAAAGUAAUAUUGGGGAGGUGUUCAGCGGUCGGCGCAAGCGGAGACGUAGCACAGACUCGACUGCAUCACAGGAGGAGCGAGAUCGAGCCCAACUGGAGGCCAAAUCUCCAAAAAAAAAAAAACUAUUGACAACCACACAGUAUAUAUACAAAGCUCUGUUCAAGGAGCAGAAGAACUCGGAUGUGGCCGUGAUGGCACUGGACAAAGUGUGGCACCUUCAUAAGGUUUACCUUAGUCAGAGCCCCUACUUUUAUAGUAUGUUUAAUGGGUCGUGGAAGGAGGCACAACAGAAUUUUGUGAAUAUUAAAAUACUCGACGAUCGGAUCACUGCGGAUAGCUUGGAUGCUGUUUUUGGCUCUAUGUACUCUGAUGAAAUAGAGAUUGAACCAAAAGAUGUGAUACCCGUACUGGCGACUGCGACACUCUUCCAUUUGGACGGCAUCAUUGACAAGUGCGCCGAGGUGAUGGUGGACAGCAUCGAUGCUGAAACUGCGAUACAAUACUAUGAGGCUGCCUGCCAGUACGGUGUACUGAGCGUCAAGAAGUCCACGUUCCAGUGGUUCCAGAUCAAUUUACUUAGCAUUUAUAACAAACAUCCCAACCUGUUGCGGCAUAUCUCCAUCGAUUUGAUGACUUUGCUCACAGCUAGCCACGAUUUGUAUGUGAUGCAAACGGAAUUCUCGCUGUAUACGCUGCUGCGCACUUGGAUGUUCUUGCAACUGCAUCCACACUAUGAUCCCGAUGAUCCUGUGCAACGCGCCGAGGCACAAAAGACUCAAGAGAGACUGGUAAAUGCCGGCGUAGAGACUCAUACGCCCAGCGUGGAUGUGGUCCAGUGGACGUACUUCGCCAGCCGCAUGGAGGAGCGUUCAUUUUUGGCCACGCCCGAGGGCCAGCCAUAUGUGCCCGUUUUCCAAAAGCUGCGCACCCAGUACCUGACCAAUCAUUACAUGGACUUGAAGAUCAUUUUCAACGACAAUAUCAUUCCCAAGGAGUGGCUUUUCAAGCACAUACACAGCCAUUGGGAUGCACUGCUACGCAUCGAUCACGGCCAAGAGGAUGCAAGUCCGCAGCAGCUGGACAAUGAGGAGUUCUUUGAGAAUUGCAUGCGCUGUGGCCGUUUGCUGCUGGAGCCCGGAUAUCAAAAGUGGCGCUGGACGGGCUUUAACUACGGAAUGGAUCUCAUACUCAUUAUGGACUCACGUCGUCUAAAUAUACGCCGCCACCACCGACAUGAGCACGAGCGGGUGCUCAGCUUGCAGACGAAGCGAAAGUUCAUGAUACGCACCACAGUUACAUCAAUUAAUGCACAGCGACAGGCGGUGUUCACACAGACGUCGGAGAUCACAACGUUGAGCCUAGAAAAGAAUGAGGAGGUGUCGCUGAUGGUGCUUGACCCCAAGCUAGUGCAUCCGCUACUUAUCUCUAUUAACAUGCUGGUCGUGAUGCCGCCCAAUCAAAGCUUCAAGGAGAUUGUGCCACAGAGCGAGGAAUCGACGUUGUCGGCUGCUGCGAUACCCAUUUCGGAAAUUGGCGCCAGCUGUGAACGAUCCUUGACCCCAGCCAGCGCCGAUGACUCAGCUGUUUGUGUGAGUAGCGAUUCGGCGACAUCGACAUCAUCGUCGCCGUCUCUGGGACUGCGACCAGCUGGACGCUUUAGCUGGCAGAGAGGUAGUACCGCCUUGACAAGCGAUGGCGAGGCGCUGUGUCGCGACGUGGCGUGCUGAGCGCGUUGCACAAACCACCCAAACCACCUAUCUAUGCAUCAAACUACGUCCUACAUAUUCCCAUUAGGCACAAACCACCUCGUUCUGUUCAAGGACUCGCCACUCGAGCCUCGUUUAAUAUAUAGUUGUAUAUUCGUUCUCCGUUGGCUACGACUAGCGUCCGCUGUAUAUAUAUAUUCAUAUCGCUAUAUAUAUACACUAUAGAUAUAUAGUUAAACCUUCUACUAACUGUACUCCAUAUAAUUGUACAUAAUGUUUUAGAGCGCUCUAAUGCGCCCGACUUUAUAUAUUUGUAAAAUCGUUUACAUUACAUCCUAGCAAUUAAUGCAUAACUAUUUUGUAACCAGAACCAGUUAAGUUUAUAUUGGCACAAUUUUUUGUGCGUUCGGCACAAUAGUGUUUAGAAACCAAUAUAUAUUUAGAAAAUAAUAUAUGUAAAGAAUAUAUAGAACUUACGUAUCUAAAACUCAGAUCCUAAGCGCGAAAGUUAAGCUAACAAUGCGGCAAUCGAAUUAUAAAUCGAAUUCGAAUUACAAUUGCUAACGUCAUUAAAAGCUCUUAACGUCUUAAGUCCAUUGCAUUUUAAUUAACCCUCACUAAAUUAUUAUUAAAUAUG